AAUGGUCAAAACCACUCAAGAACUACCGCCGAAGAGAGACAAACAGAAGGGCUUCGUCUCUCCACCGCCGAGGUUAUCUCUAUCUCUCGCUUCUCCUUCUUCUCCUUCUCCUCAUCUUCGUCUCUCUCUCUCUCUCUCUCUCUCUCGCUCGUGUAUAGAUUCAGGGGAAGAGUAGUUUGAGGACCUCUUUUGUGGCCUUUGGCGGCCAUGGCAUCUGAGGCAUCGAGAUCGGGGGCCUCGGCGGACUCCUACAUCGGCAGCCUCAUCAGCUUGACCUCCAAGAGCGAGAUCAGGUAUGAGGGCGUCCUCUACAACAUCAACACCGCAGAGUCUAGCAUCGGCCUCUGCAACGUUCGAUCUUUUGGAACUGAAGGACGAAAGAAGGAUGGGCCUCAAAUUCCUGCCAGUGAUAAGAUCUAUGAAUAUAUACUCUUUCGUGGAAGUGAUAUCAAGGAUUUACAGGUAAAAUCAUCACCAACUCCUCAACCUGCUCCCAUUCACAGUGAUCCCGCGAUCAUUCAGUCACAAUAUUCUCAUCUUGCGCCUGCACCGGCACCUGCACUGGCCCCUGCUCUUGCGCCUGCUGCCUGCACUUGCACCUGCACCGGCCCCUGCUCUGGCUCCUGCUCCUGCACCAGCACCAGCACCUAACCUGCACCAGCACCUGCACCUGCACCUGCAGCUACAGCUACUAGCUUGCCUUCUUUUGGCAGUGUGACUGCAUCAGAUAGCUUGAAUACAGCUCAGUUAGGAUUAGCAAGGCCAACAUUUCAGGGAGCCAUGCCGUCAUAUCAGCCUGGGGGGAGUCUAGCAUCAUGGGGCUCAACGCCUCCUCUGGCAACAAAUGGGUCUGGACUCACAAUGCCAACAAUGUAUUGGCAAGGUUAUUACACCUCAUCAGGUGUUAUGCCUCAUUUGCAGCCACCAUCUGUGCUCCGGCCAUCAGGAUUGCCAGUUCCUCCUAUGCAACAGUCGAUGCAGUAUCCUGCUAUGAAUACUUUAAUACCAUCUGCAUCAACAAAUUUAACUGAGUACGCAUCACCACUAUUACCACCUGUUAGCAGUGGCCCAAAUGUGGCCGCUAAUUUGCCGUCAUCAGCUUCAAGCCAAGCUAGUGUAUUAGCUUCGAGUCCAUCUAAUAUGUUAGCCACCAACCAAGCUAGUGUUUUGGUUCCCAACCAUGCUAGUGUAUUAGUGCCCUCUCAAGCUAGUGUCUUAGCACCUGUCCAAGCUAAUGCAUCACCCCCCAACCAAGUUGGUGUAUUAGGCCCAAUCCAAGUGAGUAUUCCCACCCAAGCUAGUGUAUUAGCCCCAAUUCAAGCUAAUAACCCCACCCAAGCUAGUGUAUUAGUUCCAGAAAAAUUAUCAAUUAUGCUUCCAAAUAAACCUCCUGCACUCACUCUUGCUCCUAAUAUGCCACCUCUUCCUCCGUUGACUUCUAGUGUUGAGUCAAUUUCUAAUGUGUCCCAGACUUUGCCAUCAUUAGUUGGCAGCAAGCCCCGACCUAUUCAUAGUACAAGCAUCCCCAAUCAAACUACAUCUCAGUCUAUGGCCUCCACUAUCAGUUCAUCCAUUUCAAGCCAAGUGGCUUCAGUGCCAGUGGUAAAUCCUGGUCAGCUGUUGCAGCCUCUUUCUUCUUCACUUCCCUUAUCUCAGCCACCACUGAUUGCUCAUAAGGAAGCAGCAAUUAAACCAUCUGAAGCAAAGGUUAAAAUACCACUGCCUGAGCUGGCUCCUGUAGAAGUGAAGGAGCCAAUACUUCCAUUGCCUACGUCAAUUGAUAGAAAGACAAAUGGAAGUGCCUUUUACAGCCAUCAGAAUAACAGAGGUCGUGGGAGAGGAAGAGGAAAUGGGUAUCAGCGGCCGAUUACAAAAUUCACUGAAGAUUUUGAUUUCACUGCAAUGAAUGAAAAAUUCAAAAAGGAUGAGGUAUGGGGUCAUCUUGGUAAAAAUAAAGGCUUGUCAAGAGACACAGAAGAUGCGAAGGAUGAAGUUGCUGAUGAGGAAGAAGGUGCUGAAGCUGAAGGGAAUGACAAAAAGCCUGUUUAUGUGAAGGAUGAUUUCUUUGAUUCACUCUCAUCCAACACACUGGAUCCUGGGUCAAAGAAUGGAAGGAUGAAGUUCUCUGAGCAGAUGAAAAUAGAUACAGAGACAUUUGGUGAUUUUCCAAGGCACCGGCCAAACCGCGGUGGUGGUCGAGGUCCUCGUGGUGGACGCACACGGGGUUCAUUCUAUGGUAGAGGGUAUGGUUAUGCAGGAAGGGGCCGCGGUCAAGCUGCUCCGAGCUGGGCAUCCUAGAAAAAUUCCUGCUGACAAUAGAUAAGCAUAAUCUAGUUAUAUGUAGGAGACUGACACGGCUGUGAACUCAUGUUGCUGGAAAUAAGAGGAAUCCAGUGAAGACUGGGACGAACUUCAUCUGUGUGGAAAUAAUUCCAUCUGGCUUGUCUGCUAAAAAGAAAGACUUUGUUAAAUGGAGGGUCUCUUAAGUAUGUCAUACUUGCAUAUGUAGCAGUGUUGAGCAUCAUAUAUAUGCCUGCUUUUAAGCUUCAACUUUUUUGUGCUUAUUAUGGGAAAAAAAGAAAAAAAAGAAAAGCAGUUGAGGCUUGGCUUAUAUGGGAGUAUUCAAGCUAAAUAUAGAACAUGCAUCAGUUUUCUUAAAUGAAGUAAAGGAGCAUAGAUGAUUCCAUAAAGAUUAGUUAUCAACUUGGGGUUUUUCA